GUAAAAGCAGGUAGUUGAAGCGUUUUUACUUUGUGUUAAUGGUGUCUGAAACCCUCCCUGCAAUGAAUGAUGAGCUUCCUCUGCCACCAUUUGUGUUGUGGUUUCUCUCUCUAGGGGUUCCGUUUCUCUCACUGAACUAGAAAGUGUGUGAGAGAGAGAGGGUUUUGAAGAACUGAAACUGAAACUGAAACGAAGGGAUUGGGAGCUUACCACUAGGUCUUCCUGCCUCUGUUGUUUUGGUUUUUUUCUCUCUCCAGUGCUUGUGGUUUCUCUCACUACUUUAGCAAAGGUUUCAAGUAAUAAUGGAUCCAUCUGACACGAAAAUUGAAGAAGUGCUGCCUCCACCACCACCCUUACCACCGAAUGUCAUCCCAACUCGCAUUCAUCAAAAGAUUACUCCCAUACAGCGCAAGGGAUUUGGAUCUUUGGGUAGGAAGAUCAAGUUGUUGACAAACCACUUUCAAGUCAAUUUCAAUUCUCCGGAUGGAUUUUUCUUCCAAUACAGCGUUGCUCUAGCAUCUGAGGAUAAGUGGGCAACUGAUACUAAAGGCAUAGGACGAAGAGCGUUAGAUAGAGUGUACCAGACCUAUAAACCAGACUUUUCUGGGAAGGAACUGGCCUAUGAUGGAGAGCACACUCUCUUCACAGUGGGCGCUCUUCCUCGAAACAACAUGGACUUCACUGUUGUGCUGGAGGACUUGUUAUCCGAUAGACCUGGCAGGAAUGGAAGCCCGAGUGAGGAGGACAGAAAGAGGCAACGACGCCUGGGUCGCUCUCGGACUAUCAAGGUGGAAAUCACUUUUGCGGCAAAAAUUCCUCUGGGAUCCAUCGCUGCCAUUCUUCGUGGAGAUCCCACUGACAACUCCCAGGAUGCCCUUAGAGUCCUUGACAUCAUUUUAAGGCAGCAUGCAGCGAAACAGGGAUGCCUUCUAGUGCGGCAAUCUUUUUUCCACAAUGAUCCACGAAACAUUAGAGACCUCGGUGGUGGUGUGUCUGCCUGCAGUGGUUUUCAUUCGAGCUUCCGCCCUACUCAGAAUGGGCUUUCAUUGAACAUGGAUGUCUCCACAACCAUAAUUCUGAAGCCUGGUGAUUUGGUGGAAUUUUUAUUGGAGAACCAGAAGUUGAACCAUCCUCGUGACAUUGAUUGGAAAAAAGCCAGACGUGUCCUCAAAAACUUCAGAAUAUCUACACGGCAUACAAAUCAAGAGUUCAAGAUUAUGGGAUUUAGUGAGAAGAUCUGUGAGGAACAAUUAUUUCCAUUGAGGGUUAAAAAUGGAGAUAGCCCAACUGGCAAUGGGUCGCCACAAGAAAUUAAGGAAAUUACUGUUUAUGAAUACUUUGUAAAUCAUAGGAAUAUAGCACUAAAAUACUCUGGAAAAUGCCCUUGUAUCGACGUUGGGAGGCGUAAGCGUCCCACUUAUAUUCCUGUAGAGCUCUGUGUACUUCUCCCUUUGCAAAGAUAUACAAAGGCCCUUACAACUAUUCAGAGAGCUAACCUUGUUGAGAAAUCGAGGCAAAAGCCUCGGGAGCGCAUGGCAAUUCUGAGUGAAGCAAUGAAACUCAAUAAUUACAACGCAAACACCUUGUUAAAAGCAUGUGGGGUAUCCAUCAAACAUCAAUUUACUGAAGUUGAAGGCCGAGUUUUAGAAGCUCCCAAGAUGAUAUUUGGUAAAGGGGAAGUCCUUGUACCUCAGAAUGGUCGGUGGAAUGUCAAGCAACUAUAUGAACCUGUUCGGGUAGAACGUUGGGUGCUCGUGAAUUUUUCGGCAAGAUGUGACAUAAACUACCUUGCUCGUCAACUUGUAAAUUGUGGCCGAAACAAAGGAGUAAAUCUUUCCCCUCCUUGCAUAAUUGAAGAAGAUUCAAAUGGGAGGUUUCAGAAUCCUCUGAUUCGAGUUGAUCGGAUGAUCGCGAUGAUUUUCGCAAGGCUUGGUGACCAAUGCAGCGAGAUACAGUUUGUCUUUUGUGUGCUACCUGAUAGAAAGAAUUCUGAUAUUUAUGGGCCAUGGAAGAAAAAGCUUCUAACAGAACUGGGGGUUCCUACCCAAUGCGCUUGUCCUGUGAAGGUUAAUGAUCCAUAUCUAUAUAAUAUCCUUCUAAAAGUCAAUUCAAAGCUCGGCGGUAUAAACUCCUUAUUAGAUGCUGAGAAGGAAUGUUAUAUACCUAUAAUAUCCAGUUCUCCCACAAUAAUUCUAGGAAUGGAUGUUUCUCAUGGUUCUCCAGGACAAGCAGAUAAUCCUUCAAUUUCUGCGGUCGUUAGUUCAAGAUGUUGGCCUCUAAUUUCAAGGUAUAGGGCUUUUGUUAGAACACAGUCCCCCAAGGUGGAGAUGAUCGAUUCCCUAUUUCAACCAUCAGAGGAUGGUAAAGAUACAGGCUUUAUUAGGGGGGCAUUAUUUGAGUUCUUUGAGAGUACCAAGAAACGAAAACCUGAGCAGAUGAUAAUCUUUCGGGAUGGGGUGAGUGAAUCUCAGUUCACCCAAGUGCUGAACAUUGAAGUCGAUCAAAUCAUUCAGGCUUGCAACUACCUUGAGGAUGGUUACAGGCCAAAGAUCACAGUGAUUAUUGCUCAGAAGAAUCAUCAUACGAGGUUUUUCCAACGGGACUCAUCAAAUGAUAAUGUCCCUCCAGGUACGGUUGUGGACUCCGGGAUCUGUCAUCCUAGAAAUUAUGACUUUUACUUGUGUGCACAUGCUGGACCUAUUGGUACUUCGAGACCUGUGCAUUAUCAUGUUCUGAUGGAUGAGAUUGGGUUCAGUCCAGAUGAUCUCCAAAUGCUCGUGUACGCCUUGUCCCAUGUGUACCAGAGGAGUACAACUUCAAUUUCUGUAGUGUCCCCCAUCAGUUACGCCCAUCUGGCAGCUACCCAGAUGCAACAUAUCUUAAAGGCCUCAGAUGACUCUUCUGAGACUUCUUCAAUCCGCAGUGGUGGUGGAGGCACCUCGACUGAGGCUGUGCAAGUGCCUGAGCUUCCCAAGCUCCAUAAGGCAGUCUCUCAGUCGAUGUUCUUUUGUUAAAAUCAAACUUCUGCUACGCCUAGUUGACCAGUAUUCUGUCUCUUUUGAUAUUUAUGUGAGCACUAGUAGGUAAUAGAAAACCAUCCAGAGUGAUGUUCUCUUCUCUUACCCCACCCAAGAAAACAUGAUCUCUUUUUGGUUUGUGGUGGGACUGGUGUUGGUUGGCUUGGCAGAUGUAUAGUUGGAGUGACUGAUGUGCUCUCUACCCAGGCUCUCAGCCUCUUGGCCAAGUAGUUAUCCAAAGUAGUGUUGUCCAUGGUUUC